AUGCGUGGGGCAGAUCCAUUACGGGUGGGUGUUGCGGUUGGGCAUGGAACAGGCCCGGAGCUUGCAGUGGUGUUCGAAAACGUCUUGCAAGAACUGGCAUCUCGUUAUUCUCUAACGAUCGAGUUUGUCCGAUCGGACAGAAUCUAUCACUCUUAUAACUCCUUGCCUCUUUCGGAUGAAAGCCAGAAUGCAAUUCCCGAUAUCUGCGACGAAACCGUAAAUGACAUCACGCAUUAUCAACAAUUCUGCGAACGGGAGGCCAGCCGGGGCCUCAAGGUCAUAUUUCGAACCGCAAUAAGUGCCCAAUCACUGUAUGCAGUGCGUCAGCAAUUGGAAGCUGUCAAGGUCGAGUGCUUUGAUAGUGGUACAUCAUCUCUACUGGUCAUUCGAGAUCAAGCACAGGGGUUUUAUACUGGAACCAAUAAACUCGAAAGUGGUCAGCAAUCUGUAUCAAGAGAAUGUGAAUUCCGCAAAGAGGUGUUCCAGCACAUCAUAGCAUUCUCUCUCGAGCGGGCAAGAGAGAAAUGGGGUGAUGACCUCGGAGGGAUAAAGACAGUCUUCCUGGUAUACAAAUUCCACCUCUUUGAUGGGUUAUUGCUGUCCUGGGCCAAGGAUUUGACUGCAGAGUUUGGUAUCAAAGUGGAGUUUAUUCAGCCAGACACAAUGAAUAGGAAUAUGAUCGCAUUUGGGGUUGGCCGCUGCUUGAUGGUGGCUGGCAACGAGUAUGCGGAUAUCAUGCAAACAAUCUUCCUUGAGAGGUUCAAUAUGCGGGUUCAAGAAACAUCCUGCUCCGAAAACGUCUACUUGAAGCCAGUGUUGAAUCGGCUCAGCGAAUAUCAGACCACACAUGGCUCGGCAGACGAUAUCACAGGCAAAGGAAUUGUAAAUCCAUCCGCUACCAUACGUGCUGCUGCGGCCAUUCUUGAGCGUUUUGGUGGCUGUGCUGGUAUCGAUGCCGAGGUUGAUGAGACAUUGAAUAUCCUUCAGCAGAAUAAGUCAGUUACACCAGAUCAAGGGGGAAAUCUCACCACCCAUGCGUUUGUCGAUAUCUUCCUACAAACUCUUCCAAGCCCAAGUGUUGGCACGCCAACCGGAAGCGAAUUUUCACAGUCGUCCUCUCUGGCCGAUGAUUCCGCGGACGUAGGUCCAGGGCCAGAUUUUGCAGCAGCCUUCAUGAAGAAGGCCACGGCUGUUGUGGUGGUGGAUUUUCAAAACGACUUCAUCUCACUCGGGAAUCCAGCAACCAUGAGCCACAUAACGGAUGCACUUGUUCGUGUCCUUGCCUUUUCCAGGUCUCAUGGGCAAGAGAUCGUCUUUAUCAAGCAUUUAGGCGACCAGCGUUAUCAGAGUGCUAGCUGGAGACAUCGAAACCGCGUUCAGAGCCGCAAAGAACUCUGCGUAGAGGGAACUUGGGGAGCUGAUCUGUUCCCAGCCCUCUCGCCGGCGCCCAGUGAAAAUAUAUUCACGAAGAAAGCUCAGUUCGACGCAUUCCAAAGCCCCGAGUUCGAAAAGUAUAUUUCUGAAAAAGGGAUUGAGCACAUCAUUCUCGUGGGCCUGUAUGCCGACAUAUGUAUUGACGCAACUGCUAAGGCAGCUUUCCAGAGAGGUUUAUGGACUACUGUCGUCCAGGAUUGUACGACAGCUCUGCACUUGAAGGACGAAGACAUCUUGGGGUACAUGCAGAAAGUUUAUGGUACCAGAGUUGUGGAAAGUGAAAAACUCUUGAGAAUGCAGGCAUAG